AAUCGAUUUACUUUUUUUGACAGCCACGAGUCUUCUGCUUAUUUUCUACUGUAUUUUUAUGCAGAAGCAGAAAUUUUGCUCAAGAGCUAUAAAAAAGUUGUUUUAAUUAUGAAAAAACAAAGCGCUAAAAAGCGACCAGUUACCGAAGAUGAAAAUAAAUCCCGAAAGAAAACAAAAACAGAGAAAUAUUCAAUUGGUGAUGGUGAAGACACAGAGAGUUCAUUAUCGUCGAACACACCAAGCUCGUCAUCCCAGGAACCUGAAAUAUGUAGCUUCAACGACUUUCGGUCAGAUCCAACUAACGCUUCGAUGUCAAAAACCGAACGCAGUAUAGAUCCCUUACCGUCCGAUUUGGGUAUAGGGGAUACUUUUGGACUCCCAUUUAUGUUCAACGACGAAAUGCAGUUUGUGGAAUCAUUUGACUUGCCGAAUACCGUAGAUAAUCAGCAGCAUAUUUCAUUCAAGCCUCCAGAAACAGAUGUUGAGUUAGAUACAAUCGUACAACCCAUUUGUUUCAAUGAUAUGCAAGUAUUCCAAAGUUCAGUGGACGAGCAGCUCAAUAAAAAUAGUCCUAAAACUAAUCGAACUAAUGAUGCUUUUGAGGACAAAGAGGACAUGGAAAAUAAAGAGCUAACAGCUCAGCGGCUUUCCAGUUUUGAAGAAGAGUUGUUGGCAACACUAUCAGAAACAAAAUCAGGGAAAGACGAACAGUGUUCCGAUGAUGAUAUUGAAGAGGCCUUGGCAAAGCUUCCACGAAAAGCCCUGUUCAAAGAUAGGAAACACUCACUCCUGCAACAAUUAGGCGAUAAUGUGGCAAGCAGCAAAUCUAAUGCUGAAAGUUGUGAUAAUUCCGAUUUCGAAUUUAGUGAUUCGAUAUCAUCGGGAAUUGGACAGAUAGACGAUUCCAAUGACGAAUCACAUUCAUCUUAUUCACCUAUUUCCUUUGAAAAUUCUGAUGACAAUUUGGAAAAGGAGGGCGAGUCUAGUGGGAGAGCGAAGAAAUUAAGCCGCAAACACUUGUCCCCGAACUGUGAUAAAAAUCCAAACAUUUUAAAUAUGGAAGCCGCCCUUGCAGGACUUGGGAAUUUGAAUGACGUUGGGCCCACUACUGAUUCUGCCCUGAAAGCUACGAAUCAGAGUUCGAAAUCAACGAAGGUUCCAACACCAUCAAAAGUUCAGCUGAUGCAACGAUUAUUGAACCAACAAACUUCAUCUAGAAAAAAUAAUUCCACUCACAAGAGCCAACCUCUUUCGCAAGAACCGCUUUCGUUUAUCGCAGAGGCAAUGCAAGCAACAGACCCAAUGUUUCCAAAUUUAAAACCUAUUGAAUUGAUGGAAACAAGUGAGUCUCCAAUAAAAACCAGUGCAUCUCCAAAAAGCCAGUCAGCUGAGGAACAAAAAAAUAACAUUGAUUCACGCACGCAAACUGGCGAUAAUAAUAGCCCAGGAAAUUCAGGAAGCAGAGAAUCUUUAUCUGUUAGUUGCGCAGAGAAAAAACGACACCUCGAAGAAAAAUUAACGAAAAUGUCAAGUAAUCCGAAGGAGAGGGAUGAGAAGUGCAACAUUUCACCUGGCAGUAUUAUGUUUUCGCCACGUUCAGCUAAGGACACGGACAGCGAUGAUUCGGUUUGGCGACGUAAGUCUCAAGCGUCAAAAAAUGAUGGUCACAGAGAUUUUUACGAAGAUGAUAGCACAUUUGAAGAUGACAAGCUUAACUCUGACGAUGAUGAAGACCAUACGAAUUCGGAUCUACCUUAUUCAAAUCUGCUUAAUGACUAUGAGCAACUCUUUCAUGAGAUUCGCAAGAUUAUCGAUAGAGUACCCAAUCGUUUUAAGUAUGAAAUAUACAAUCUUCUGUAUCCAACGUUAGCAGUGGUCUAUCUCCGAAUGAUUUCCAGCGGGAAGUACCGCAAGGGCAAGGCAUUUGUGGAGAGCUGUCUACGUUAUAUUGAUCAUUCAUACAUGGCUCGUGUGGAUAAGCUAAUGGUAUUGCAAACCCCGGGUGAUAUGCCCAUUAAGGCUAGAAAGUUGAUCAGCGACGAAAACGCACAGGUUCCAGUCUCAAUGUUUGAAGAGACCUAUUAUGUGUUGCUGCUCUGCAUGGAGUCCUGGAGUCGUUCCCUACAGAUGACAUUCAUAAGGCAUUUCGACCUAUUUCCCGACUACAACAACGGCGAACCACGUCAGCACAGUCGCAUUGGCUCUGUUAUUUUGGAUAAAAUAUUCUGGGCUACUCCCGAAACUGUCAAAGACAAUAAAGAGAGCAGUCCGCGGCCAAUGCGGCGCAGGCGCUUUAAGAAGGACAAACCUUCUCCCACGAGAAAUGUCCAUUUGCCAUCAGGCAAUCGUCUCUAUACUCCUACUCCAAAGCGUUGGGAUCUAGAACGCCACAAAGACGACGAGGAACGCCGGGUGCCGCUUAACCGCAACAACCUGCCAUCGACUUAUCUAUACACGGCACUUGAGAGUGUUGAGACUAUAAUCUGUGCCACAUUCUCAAACAAAACUACAAUGCUCUCUAUUGGCACCGCAUCCUCCGCAAUUCACGUUUUCGCGCUGACAGCCUCAAAGUUGGUGCAGAUCAAGUCGGCCAAGUGCCUUAAGAGACUUGACACAAGCAUGUCCGGCAUAGACGAGAGCAUGUUGGACGCGACCAAAAGAAAAACAAGACGCACACUCUAUGGACACCAAGGAGCCGUGUACGGGUGCACAUUUGCUCCACACGAUCGUUUCCUGCUCAGCUGCGCGCAGGAUCGCACUGUGCGUUGUUGGUGCCUGCUCUCCUGGAGCUGUGUUGUUGUCUAUCCGGGACACUGUGGGGCCGUCUACAGCGUUAGCUAUGCACCGUUGGGUUAUUAUUUCGCCACAGCCUCGGAUGAUCGCACAGCACGUAUUUGGACGCAGGAUAGCAAGAAGUCAGUCUGCAUACUUGUCGGACAUUUGGCGGAGGUUGUCUGCUGUCAGUUCCAUCCAAACAGGCAUUACCUGGCCACUGGCUCCGCCGACUGCACUGUGCGCAUGUGGGACAUUGUUAAAGCCGUUCAGGUACGCGUUUUCAGUGGUCACAGAAGUACUAUAAAUGAUCUGGCCUACUCCAUGUGUGGACGCUACUUGGCCUCCGGAGCAGACGAUAACUUUGUUAUUGUUUGGGACGCUGAUAAAGAGGAAUUGGUACGCUGUCUAUCCCAUCACACUGCACCCAUCAACUGCAUUAAGUUUGCGCUGGAUAACAAGCUAUUAAUGGUAGGUGGCAAUGACUGCCAGAUGACCAUUUGGGAUUUCGAGCGCUUGGUUCAAGAGUACGAUCCUGAGAAACAAAAAACGGCCAAUAGCCAAAAUAGCAGUGUCACGGCAACAGAACCCAAUAGAUCAGAGCUAAGCAGUGGAGAUUUCUUGAUCAAGGCAUAUGCUAGCAGGGGAACCCCAUUCUAUAAAUUAUGUAUUACACGAAGAAACCUCCUGUUGGGUUUUUGCGUUAAACGAGCUGAUUAUGCAUUAAAGGAGUCCAAGGAAACAUUUACUAACGAUGCUAAAUACACAGAAUGGCUCGAAUUUUUAGACAUUCUAAAGCUGAAGUCGAUCUUUGCACAGAAAAACAAAGGGGAAUCGAAUGAAAUCGAAAGGAUAGAAGAGCCAGAACAAUUAAUAAAUCUCGAUGUCGACACCUCUGAUGAUGAACUUGAAGAUUCAUUUAAGUAUGGACAUGAAGAAUUCUUUGAAGAUAAAGAAGAAGAUAUGGAGUCAUUUAGGUAUUCUGAGUAUGAAUAUUUUGAGGAUGAUGAAGAUUCAGACACACUAAGUUGUCUCGAUGUAGAAUCCUUUGAGGACGAUGACGAGGAUUCGCAAAUAAUAGAGCAUCCUAAUUGCAAAGACACAUUAAGCUAUUCUAAUACUGUAUACGAUUCCGAUGACAGCGAAGAUUCCGAUAUUGAAAAGAAUUCCGAUAUUGAAACUUUUGAGGGGGAUGAAUGCUCUUUAGAAAACCUCAGUAAUGAGAAUAAUGAAGAAAAUUCUUAUGUUGAGAUUGAUAUUAAAGAAACUGAUCUAUCACGGUACUCAGACGUUGUAUACUCUGAGGAUGUUGAACAAGAGGCAGAUAAACUGAAGAGUCCUAAGGUUAGAAUAAGAAACGCCGAUGUUGAAACUGUUAAGAUUAAUCAAGAGAACACAAAACUAUUAUGCGGUUCCGAUAUUGAAUAUUUAGAUAAAAAUGAACAUGAACAUGAAGAAUCCGAAAUAUUACCGAAUAACGAUGUUAAUAAAGGCACAGAAUCAUUUAAGUAUCGGGGUGUGGAAUGUUUUGAAGAUAAUAAAGAAAUAUCUGAAAAAAUAAAAAAUUCCGAUGAAGAAUACUCUGAAAAUUAUGAAGAGUACGUCGAUGAUAACAAUAAAGACUCAGAAUUAUCAGAAUCUGUGAACGAUCUUGAAUCUGUAGAGGACUAUGAAGAGUCAGAAAGUCUUGCUGCUAGAUCUUCUGAAGAUGAAAAAGACAUAUCUGAACCAAUAUUGAGUUCCGUCAGCGAUGAUGAAGAAGAGGAGGAUUAUGAAGAAGAUUCAGAUGAGUUAAACAAUCCCGACGUUAGAACCCAAAAUAAUGAUGAAGAAGCAACGACACAAUUAAAGCAUCACAAUGUUGACUUUAACGAUAACGAAGAGGAAUUAGAAACACUAACCACUUCCGAUGCCUUCAAUAAUGAAGACGCAGAACCGUUAACGAAUCGGGGUAAAGCAGAGGACUCAAAAAUAUCAAAAAAUAUUGAACAAGAGUUCGAAACUGUAGAGAAUGUCAAUGUUGAAUCCUUUAGUUCUGAUAAAAAUAUCGAAUCUCUAAGGAAUUCCGAUGUUAAGAAUAAAGAUGAAGACGAAGAUGAUGCGGAGGAAGAGGAUGACGAAGAUAACGAAGAUGAUGAAGAUGAUGAGGAUGAUGAUGAUGAAGAUCAUGAAGGUGAUGAAGGUGCAGAUGAUGAAGAUAAAGAUAAGGAUGAAGACGAGGUAGAUGAAGGUGAAGAAAACUUGGAAAUUAUAAAUAAUUCUGAUGCUGAGAACUCUCACGAUGAUGAAGAGUUCGGGAAGAAAGGUAAUUCCGAUGUUGAAUUCUUUGAUGCAGAUAAAGAGACGCUAGAGGCAAAGAAUUUUGAUAUUGAAACCAUUGAGGAAGAUGAAGUCCAAUCAGAAAUAAUAUUAAGUCAUGAAGAUAAGAACAAGGAGGAUGACGAAGAAGACUUAAAAAUAGAAGAGAGCAUCGAUGUUGAAUCUUUUGAUAAUGAUACAGUAGAAACAGAAACCUCAUUGGAUUCCGAUAUUGAAUUUUUUAAGGAAAGCGAAGAGCCGGAUCUUCAGAAGGCGGAAGAAAAGGAUUUCGGCGAGCAGCCAACAGUAGAAACUGAUGAUGUUGGAAUAAUAAUUGAUCCUGAUGUUGACAACAUAGAUGAUGAUGAAGAGUCAAAAACUUAUCUUAAAUCUCUUAUAGAUUAUAAAGAAGUGACGGGACCGUUCAUAAAUUCUGAAGCUGAAUCCUCUGAAGAAGGUGAUGAAGAGGCUCAGAAUUUCGAUGUUCGUGAAGAAAAGGAGGAUGAUGAAGAGGAGCUAAUAACAGUAGAAAAUGCCGAUGUUAAAUUAUAUUACGAAAAUAUUGAAGAGCCAGAAUCCUCAAGGAAUUCCGAAGAUGAAUCCUUGGCGGAAAAUGUUGGGGGAAUGAGAGAUAAUGAAGAGGAGCAAAAAAUAAAGACCGCUGUAAAAUCGAUUAAGGAAAAUGCAAAGAAGCCAGAAAUAGUUAGGAAUUCUGAUCUUGAGUACUUGAAGAACAAUGAAAAUAAUUUAGAAAUGGAAGUGAUUCAUCAUGUUAACUUCACUGGGGAUGUUAUAUCCCUUGAUUAUAUAGACGGGACAGUUCCAUUCAGCAAUGUCGAUGUUGAAUACCUUGAGAGAGAUGAAGGAGUCUUAGAAGUAUUAGAGAAUAACAAAGCUAUGAAGGGUGAUGAAAGCCUUGUAGAAGUUGAAGAGAAUACUGAUGUUAAAAUUGAGCUAUUUGUAAAAGAUGAUGAUGAAUUAAAAACAAUAGAAAAUGGCAAUGUGGAUGAGGAUACAAAAAUAUUAACGAAAGUCCGUGUCGAAUCCUUUGGAGACAAUGAAGUUACAGAACCAUUUAAUAAAACGGAUGCUUAGAUAAAGAUGAAGACCAGCAAACUAUUAAGCAUUCAGAAGUUAGAUAUCCCGAAAACCUAAAAAUAUAACACAAUCCCGUUGAAUCUUACGAAUGCCAUGAAAAUUAAGUAGCGCUCAAUAAUCUACACGCUCAAUCUGUAAACAAUGAUAUUGAGUCAAAAACAAUAGGAAAUCCGGUUAAAUACAUGGAUGUUCAAUCCAUGGGGAAGAGUCGAAAAUAUUUAAAAGUAAUCCGAAGGUUGAGGAUGUUAUAAAAAAAUCAGAAACAUAAAAGACGAUUCAUUUGAAGUUCCUGAAAGCUGAUAAACCAGUCAGCAGCGUUGAUUGAUUUUGAUCUUUAAACAAUGGAUAAAAAUUCUAUCAAGAUGAGUGUAGUUGGUAAAGGAAACUAUUUUAAACUUAGAAGAUACAUAUUCCCAACUAAAACACAUUUCCUUAAUACACGAAGCUCUUAUUUUGACCCGCAUUUUAAGCUGUUGAGAUUUUGUAAAAAAGUAACCAAACCGAAAAAUAUAAAUAAAUAAUUUCUGUAGCAAUAACGCUGCUCGACUACCCCCAAAGGA